CCCAUCAGCUCCAACCAUCAUGACAGGAGUGACCCAGGUGAUGGUGACGCCGAGCCUGUCAGAUGUACCGAGCCAGACCCUGUGCCCCCACUGUCAGCAGCUGGUCCUGUCCCAAACCAGAGACAUCACUGGUCUGCUCUCCUGGAUCAUCUGUGGCUCCCUGGCUGUUGUCGGGUGCUGGCCCUGCUGCUUCAUCCCUCUCUGUACACACUGCAGCAUGGACGUGGAGCACCACUGCCCCAACUGCAAAGCCCUCAUUUACGUGUACAGGCGCCUCUGAGCCGCUCAGCUGCGCAGACUCCAGUGCAAACGCAGACUGACAGGCGGAGAGAUCAGUCACCAGUCCGUAACGCGCUCAGAGAUCAUUAGGGCAGAUGUGAGCCUUGGAUUCUGCGGCAGAGUAGCUUUGGAGCA